ACCUGACGCAACCUUCCCGCCCCUCCUCCGGUAGCUCUCUGCCCAAAAACAAGUGGACCGUGGAGCUGUUAGGGGAAUAACAUCAGCGAGAGAGCGGGCUUGUGAUGGUCUUCACUGAUGCGGCUGCUUGGACUCAGGGUGGCGGACUACAAGUUGGACUGCAGUAGGGGAAUUCUUACAAGUUCUUAAGACACUCUGCCUCCAAAACAGAUUUUAAGGAUCUUUUGAAGAUUGGACGCAGGAAAGACAAAAACCUACAACUAUGGUCAUUUGUAACAACAAAUGAAAAACAGAUAUCUUUAUCUAUUUUUAUUUUGAGACAUUUUUAAGGAGCUUUUUGCAUUUAGCAGAUUAAUGAUGAACGCACCCUCAGGUCCUCAGAUUAUGGUGGACAGGGCUUGUGUCCAAGAGGAAGCAGAAUGUGGAGAAGACGUGGAUUUGUCUACAGACGACCAUCUCAUGAACUUGAAGGCCUUGACGGAGAAAUUAAGACUGGAGACCAGGAGACCUUCUUACUUGGAGUGGAAAGCCCGGCUCGAGGCGGAAAGCUCCAGAGAGUCAGGAACUGGAAAAGGCCCAAUCCAAGUUGAGCUUGAAGGCAAAGUAAUCUCUCCCAAAGAGACUGUAGUGAACUCUGAUGUGAUUCAGUGCAAGUUGCCAUCAGGUGUACUGAAGGGAUUUGGGAACAUCGAUGAAGCUCUCAGUUGGCUGAGGAGAGAACUGACAGACAUGCGCUUGCAGGACCAGCAGUUGGCGAGGCAGCUCAUGCGGCUCCGGAACGACAUCAAUAAGCUGAAGAUAGAGCAGACAUGCCACCUGCAUCGCCGGAUGCUCAAUAACGCCACCUUCGGCCUUGAGGAGCGGGACGAGCUGUCAGACCUGCUGUGCGAAUGUCCAGUCACCCCAGGGCUCGGCCUCUCUGCCCCGCUGAGACUCAUCGGCGUCACCAAGAUGAACAUUAACUCUCGCCGUUUCUCGCUCUGCUAGUGGCAGUGAUUGCACUUGAGGCAGAAAAUCCUGAAAACAAAGCUAAUACUAUCUUUGCUCCAGUGCAGCAUGCCAGCCAUGGCCAGAUGUUAGAUAGUGGUGAAAUCCUUUGUGCAUUUAGGGCUUGACCACAAUGUUUUGAGGAUGAACCUAGAUGUAAACCCUAUUUUUCAGUCCCUAUAAUCAAAGAGAGAGAUUUAGGUAAUGUGUAUUAUUUAGAAAGAAGAAUUUGAGUGUAGUAGGUACAUACAUAGUGUUUUUGCCACAAAACUAUACAUGGCAGCUAUAUACAGAAACCUCUUUUAAACCGCAGGAGAUUUUAGACCUUUUGACCAUCAUGACAUGAAACAGAAUACUUACUUUUUAAACUUAAGUAAAGCAAUCUCAAGCUUGUUCCUGUCUAGUUAUCAGUUAUACUGUUAUCGUUACCCUAUAUAUUGCCAUAUACUUUGGUUGUUUGCUGGGGCUUUUCGUGGUUUCUAUCUACAAGCAGAGAUUCACUAUUUAAAUAUAUAUUUUACUGCAUAUAGACCUCUGUAUGAUGCUUUCAGUGACAGUCAAGAUUUGUUUUUGUUCCAUGUCCUGGAUCUUAAUCUAAAUGUUUUGUGCUUUUAAAAAGAUGACUUAAUAUUGAUACAAAUAGUACACUAUACUAUACCCAACACAUAUUUGAGUUAGCGCGUAGUAGUAUCAAUUUAGCCAACAUUGCUUUUUUGUAGAAUAUGAUGAAAAUGAUUUAUUCUUUAUAAUGAUUGUCAAAUUGCAGAACAGUGCAGUCUUUUGCAGAACUUUCUUAAAAGUAAGGAUGUAUUUAUGUCUUGGAUGGAGCUUUGCCCUUUUUAUGCUUUUAUUGUUGAGUUCCAGCCUGAAAGUAACCAAUUGAGAUGGCAUUAUCUGUUUGAAACAAAAGCAUGGUUUAGUUUCAUGGAUAAACAUCGAAUUAUAACUCAUCUACAUCUCUGUGUACCAAAUGACAUGAUUAUGUGGAUCUUGUUAUGAGCCUUCUGUUAUGUCGGCAUAACAGAAUGGGAUAAUGAUGGGAUAUAUAAUUGGAGGUAACCUUUCCUUACUAUUUUUCUUUUGGGUUGUGGGGGUUUGCAUUUGAAAUGUGAGCAUAUGAAAUUUGAGUCAAGUAUAGUCCCAACGAACAGACCACGCAACAGCAAAAAGGAGUUUCAGGGUUUAAGAUGCCCCUCCUUGUGGCCCAUAUAUACUAUAAUACAAUCUGCACAAAAGCACAGCUUUAAAGCUCUCACACAUACCACAUCUAAUCUGUUUCUGGUACCGAUAGAGCAGAUUACCUCUGAAAUGACAUGGUUAACAUUGGUGACUACUACUGCUCAGACUGUUCCAACGUUAUAUGAUUAGCUUUUUGUACCAACACAAUACUUUUCCCCUAAAUAGCAAGAAAACAAAUGCUAUGUCAACUUGAUCUUGUGUUACUAAGCCUUUAAUCAACUGGAACAUACCUUAAAACUGGUUUGGUAAAAUAUGGUACCUUAAAUGGGUCAUUGUUUGUGCUAGUAUGUUUUCACACAUGUACUGGAAAUAAAUAAUCCAUCAAGAA